AUGUUUAAAUACACCAAGAACCAGCAGAGACAUCAAGGACAGCUGCAUGAACUCUUCAAUACAAGGCGAGCAUCAAAGAUAACAAAUACCUCGGUAAACAGCAUCUCCACAGGAAGGGAAAUGUACAGCGGUAAAUGUCGAUUACUUGAUCUACCCAAUGAGCUACUUCAUCGUAUCUUUGUCUAUGCCCAAAACCCAACAUUAGCGAUUGUCUGUAAACAAUUCUGGAGCCUGGGACAAUCAGCCAUGCUACGAGCCGACUAUUUAAUGCAUCGUUAUGGUCCGACGGCUGUGUUAGGCGAGACAGCAAUGCGGCGACAUAUUGUGUCACUACCGACUAUUCAUCAACUGUUAAGACUGAAUUGUGAUCCUACUGCUGACGAUAACUGGCUAUUCAUCGAAGCAUGCGGAAUAGACCAAGUGGAUCUAUGUAGACGGAUAGUACAAGUAGGACACUGCAAUGUAGCACAUUUGAUCAAUUUGGCAGCCAUGAAGGGCUCCAUGGGGGUGGUGGAUAUGUUGGUGAAUGAAUUUGGAGCCAAUGUAUAUCAUGACAGCGUAUUGGCAUUAGCCUGUCGAGAAAAUCAAGUCAAGCUGGUUAGACAUUUGGUGAAGGCUUACAGUGUCAAUGCGCAUAGUCAUAGUGAACGCCAUCUCAGGAAUGCUUGUCUGCUUGGAUUCUCGGAGCUGGUGGAAUUCCUGUUGGACGGCGCCAAUGUGCAUGCUUACAACGAUGCUGCUAUACAAAAUGCAUGUUACAAAGGGUUCAGUGAUAUCGUGGCGUUGCUAUUGGAUGCUGGGGCGCAUGCUGACAUUAAUCAAAAUGUUUGUAUUCAACACGCCAUCAACAACAACGAUUUAAACAUGGUCAAGUGCUUGAUUGAAAAGGGCGGCAUUGAUCCAAGGUGCAACCAUGACUGGCCAUUGAGACACGCCUGUGGACAAGGAUUUAAUGACAUUGUCGAGUAUCUCUACAGAUUGACAGGCACCUUUGAUAUUGGAGAUGGAGUCCUCUUGGAAUUGGCGCUUGUUUAUGAUCAAUUGGACACGCUCAAGCUACUAUUGAAGAAGGGCGCAAAUCCCAACUGCAAUGGUGUUCUUCGCGGUGUAAAGUACUCGGUGAAUCCCAAGAAUAAAUCAAGGCACAAAAAUGAAAUGAUACAAUCGUUACUCGAUGCAGGGUUCGAGAUCAAUCGACAAAAUGAGAGCAUCUUUAUGAUGCCAGACAGCAAGCUUGUAUCUUCCUUAUUACCAUGA